AUGGACACACCUGCGGCGAGCACGGAGAAAGAGGCUGCACCCAAGCCAGCCACAUCUCCAGAGGCCCCGAAGGCGUCUCCCGCGGGCGACGAGGACGACGAGAUCGUUGGCUUUGGCAUCCCAGCAGAUCGAUCCCUGCUUCGUUUCGAUCAGCUACGGAAACACGCGCGUUACUUGGUUGGUGAAACCGUAGGGUCAUGGUACUCGGAGAAGAAUCCGGUGCUGCAAAUGUCUUGGGGAUGUGAAGAGGGUCCCUCCCUGGCUUUUCAUCCGAAGAUUCUUCCCCAGAAGUCGGGAAGCGGUUGGUCUCCGGAGCUGGACACCUGGAAGUUCGGCAUCGCAUCGAAGAGUGGAACACUUGGAUUCGCUUCGCUCACGGUGUGGAGCACGGGUCCACCGAGGCACGGGUUCACCAGUCCCUGCCCGGCUCGACGGUCGCCCAGAAGCGGAGUGCGCGAGUUCGAACGCGCCAUGGGCUGUGGUGCCAGCGCAGAGAAGAAGGCGGAGGAGCCUCCCGCCACGGACUCCUCCGCCGCGCCGGCCGCGGCGUCCGCGGCGUCCCCGGCGGCGGAAGCGGCGGAGUCCAAGGCUGAGGAGCCGAAGGCGGAGCUGACCAGCACAACAGAUGGAAAGGAGGUGCCAAUGGAGCAGAAGGUGCAGCUCGCCGCAGCACCCCAGGCCGAAAGUUCGGCGCCAGCGAAUCCGUGUACAGCAGCACCAGAGAUGCUUGAGGCAAUGCAAAAGUUGGUGGAUGCCACUGCGCAGGAGCAGAAGGGCUUGAAGGCGCCACCCCAAAAAGACCAAGCGAAGCCUGCAGAAGCUGUGCAAGAGGUCCUGAAAGUGCAGAAUGCACAGAUGCAGCACCGCUACGACCACUUUGCCGCGGACCUCCACCGGAACUUUGGCAGCAGCAUCGCCCGGCAUGUGGUGCUCACUGACGACCUGGGGCCUGCCGAGCUGCGAAAGGAAAUCAAUGAGAUGUAUCUCUUCCACGGCACCUCCCCGACGGAGGCGAAGCAGAUCGCCAGCAGCGAUUUCGACUUCAAGGAGGAAGCAGGCCAUGUGAGAACGACCUUCGGUUUGGGCUUGCACCUUCCAGAAGCCGCCGGGCGAGCGCAUGAGAACAGCAAGGUGGAGGAUAGCUUGCGAGCCCUCUUGCUGGUGAAGGCGGUGGGAGGGAACGUGCACACGGCCGUGGCAGAAUCAAGAGUUUACAGAGUCUGA